UGAGCCGCCGUUGGGGACUCCCUGGAGCACGCGUAUGCGACGAGGACGUUUCGGCAAGGAGGCCACGAGACCCGACCUGAGAGAGAGAGAGAGAGAGACGCUCGCGUUGUUGCCCGAUCGCCAAGACCGCUGGGACCACGUGCGACGGGUGUGAUCCAGCAUCCCUGACGAAGCAUUACACGCAGGGUGCGAUGAGCGGUGUUGCGAUUGCCACGGAUUUUUCUCGCUUAACGACUUUGGUUUCGACUGCGACUUGAUUUGACUGUGUGUGUGCUUGUGCGUGUGUGUUGACUGUAUACACAGCCUGCAUAUCGCUUUGACGUCGCGAUGGAUUGUCCCCCUAGCACUGUGCGGCCGAGCUUCGUCCACACCGCCGAGGAGUGAAUGGCGGCUAUCAAGCUAUCGCCUGCAAGAACGGGAGAGGGAGCGAGAACACACAAGCACAAGCCAGGCUCGCAGCACCCGUAAAAAGAAAAACAAGAAACUACAAGAAAACGACGACGAAGAACUACAACCGCACCACAACACUCAAGAGAGCGACAGCGCGAGCACAGUCUACUCGGGGACCGGGAGGGAGCCAAGAUGCGUCGCACUCGAUCCGCCCAGAGCCAGCGAGGCCGGUCGUGACCGCCAUGUAGUCAGCGCCGCUCCGGCCAGAGCCACCCGAGCGGAGAGCGCGAGGCGCGCUCCGAACCGACAUACGACCGCAAGAGGGUCGUCGCUGGGUCGUGUCGUCCGCAAGCAACCACACUAACCGCGAGAAGGCGUACCGCAAUCGACAAACGACAAGGGACUGCGAAGGCCCGCUAGUCGCAGCCCCCGCCUUGCAACCCAUGAACCUUGACUGCUACCCGGCCGACGGGACGGCGGGAAUGUCCCCACCGCCGAGAGACGUGUCGCCACCGGCCGCGCCCUGCCACGCCGACGUCGCCGGCGGAUCCGGCGACGAGGACCCGCUCGCCUACCAGACAGACCCGGGCCGCACCGGAGCCGACGAGCCCCGCGCCAAGAAGCGGCGCAAGCAAAGCAACCCCGUCCGCUACCACACGUCGCCCGUGGUCCUUCCGGAAGGCCCCGAUGACCUGGUCGUCGCCGCGGCAACGGACCCAGUCGGGUCGCCCACCGACGACGACUGUAUCGACGACGUCCCGGGCUCGGCGACAAGCCCCGCGGCGCAGAGCGAUGACACGGUUGUCGACUCGGGCGUCCUCAACCUCGAGAUCAGCAAGCGUCGCCGCAGGGACGAGUCGAACGGGGGGGAGCCUUCGGAAGCGGCGGGCCCGCUGCGCUGUCACCACUGCAACGCCGGCUUCGCCACUGACGACCAGCUCCGGCUACACAUCGAGGAAGAGCACGUGCAGAAGCUCCUCGAGAAGCAGCUCCAGCAACAAGCGAGCUACAAUCGAGCGUUCGCCGCCGCCGCGGCUGCGGCUGCGGCCGCCGCUGGGGACAAGAACUCUGGCUCGACUAGCUCGCUGGAGAUGCAGAACCCGCCGCCGUUCCUGGACCGGAAGCCGACGGUCAGCGAGACAGCAGAGUUCGCCAAGAAUCACCCGUUCCCGUUCCCAGCGAUGCCGCCCCUCAUCCCGAUCUCACAGAGCGGCAACGAAGUCAAGCCCGGCAGCCUGCCUGUCCCGCUCGGCAUGUUCCCCAAUCCAAUGGCGCCGUUCCUGUUUCCUGUGCUUCAGCAGCAAGGCCAGAACGCGUCGACGCCAAUGCCGAACGGGAGCUCGGCGCCUUCGGGUAGCAUGCGCAUCUUCAACCCGGAAGCAUUCUGCGAGCUGUGCAACAAAGAAUUCUGCAACAAGUACUUCCUCAAGACUCAUAAGGCGAACAAGCACGGCAUCUACUCGGUGGAGUCCCUGGUCAGCUCCCCGUACGCACCGGGUUUCUUUCCGCCGGGACUGAGUGGCCCACCGUCCAUGCAACUGAUGCUUCAGGGGCCCAUGUCUGAUCCAAGCAUGGCCGGCCGUCAAGGUAUCAUCAAUAUGGAGUCUUUCUGCGAGAUCUGCCAGAAGGAGUUUUGCAACAAAUACUUCCUGAAGAAGCACAAGCAGAAAAUCCAUGGCAUUGUGGACCCUACAACUCAGCAGCAACAGCAGCAGCAACAACAACUUCCACAACAGCAGCAGCAACCACAGCAGAGUAGCUCCGCCGAUAAUAUUGUCGAGCGAAAGAUGAGCACGUCACCGACGGGCUCCACCUCCACAGAUCCAGCGGGCAUGGCAGCGGGAACUGGAAACGACAAGAACGGUGGCCCGAUGCCUCUUGAGCAGCAGCAACAGCAACAACAGCAGCAGCAACAACAGCAACAACAGCAGCAGCAACAGCAGCAACAGCAGCCGCCUUCCGAUCCGUUCCGCAUGGACUUCUCGAGCCUGUAUCCGGGCGUCAACGGCCGCUUCAGCAUGCCGAGUCUCACGCCACCGACAGGAACGAUGGUGACGUCGGCGUCCAGCAACUCGCCCAUCGUCAGUUCCUCCGUAUGCGGCGACCCGAAGUCGCUUCCGGCGUUCUUCAACCAGAACUCUUCUUCAAGCACAGAGAGCGGUUCCACCACCGUGUUCACGCCGGAGAAGCUUCGAGAGAUGGGCGUUAUCAACGCGGAGGCAUUCUGCGAGAUUUGCUGCAAGGAGUUCUGCAACAAAUACUUCCUCCGCACCCACAAGCAGAACAAGCACGGCAUACCGGCGACAGAUGCGCCGAAGGGAAACCCGCCGCUGGGCCCACAGCAUCAUCAGCACUCGAUGUCACACCACCUGAUGCCGCCGGCAGUUUCCAUGGCACCGCCCGUCGGUGCCGCCGCCACCAUGUCGACUCCUCAAGAUACACCCGAGAACUUGACGACUCCCUCAAGAACAGCGGGAGGCGGGACCAGUCCGGAAUCCGCAGUUUUAAAGUCCACCUUCGCCAGCGACUUCGAGCCGACAGCGGACCUGACCUGCGAGAUCUGCAACAGGCCCUUCUCCAGCCAGUACCUGCUGAAGAUGCACAAGUUCUACACCCACAAUGUUCCGUACGUGAAGGAAGAGGACGAGGAGUCUAAGCCGCCUUCGCCCAUCAGCGGCGGCAGCAACAUCCAGGUCAGGGCCCUGUGUUCCACGCCACGCGAAGACGUCCUGCGGCUGGGCCGGCAGCCCGAAGCUUCCGGCGGUGGCGCUUCUUGCCAUACGGAGGACGCGGCGAGCCAAGACUUGCAGAAGCUGCAGAGCAUGAUACGCGACCUGACGGCCUCCAUCGCCAACGAGAACAAGGUCGUCUGCAACGUGUGCCGCACCGAGUUCGACAACAAGUACUUCCUACGGGCGCACAUGAUGAACGAACACGGCGUUCUCCUCAACGAGGACGGCAGCAGUCUGGCACCGGGCUCCUCAUCGCCCGCGAGCGCUGCCUCCACGCAGCAGCAAAGGGGUCCCGGAGACCUUCCGCCGCCGCCGUUCUCGGCGGUCGCCUUUCCGUCGCCCGUGUUCGACUCGGAGGCCUUCUGCGAGAUAUGCCAGAAAGAGUUCUGCAGCAAGUACUUCCUCAAGACGCACAAGCAGAACAUCCAUGGCAUCAACAUGGAUAUCGACGUGGCUUCGGCUCCCAAAAAAGACGACGUAGGCCAAGCCAAGAACGCCGUCAGCAAGGUCAGUGGCCCGCUGGUUCCCGUGCCGCCACCGCCGCUCUUGUCCAUGGCGAUGCCAUCGGUGCCGACGCCCGACAAGGCCAGGAGCUCGGUGACGGGGCGCAACUACUGCAACAUCUGCAACAAGGAGCUGUGCAACAAGUACUUCAUGAAGACCCACAUGUUGAAGAUGCACGGCAUAAACCUAGACGAACACCCUGCCGAGGCGGCCCGCAACAGCGUCAUCGGCGGCGUCACCUGCGAAAUCUGCCAGAAGGAGCUGUGCAGCAAGUAUUUCCUCAAGGUUCACAAGCAGAACACGCACGGCAUCAUCGAGGAUCCGGCCAAGGAGAACUCAAACCACAGCUCAGCGGGAGGCAGCAGUGCGGACAGGGGAGAGAUGCCGACCUCCUUCCAGCCUGGCGAAGUGAGCGACGGCAGCAACCGAAGCUUCAACCACUACACAGAGGUGUGCCCGCUGUGUGACAGGCGCUUCAAGAGCAUCAAGUGGCUCAAGACGCAUAUGGUGAACGACCACAGCGACAUGCUCAAGGAGAACGUCUACAGCCGCAUGGACAGCGUUCCUCCGGGCGCAGCGAAGCUGUGCAUCAUUUGCGGACAGGGCUUCCCGGACAAGGUGGCCCUUCAGAUUCACCUCAUCAAAGACCACCGCACCACGAGCGAGGAGCUGGGCCUGAUGAACUGCUCGCCGGCAUCCGCUGCCUCGGAAUCCCUGGCUGCCGUGGCCCAAGACACGGUGAAGCUGAACGGCGCUGCUCCGCCGCACCCUGCCGACAGGGCCGCGCACCUCUUCAAGCGGCCCGGCCUGGCGUCCGCGCUAGGUGGCAGCGGCAGCACCCGCAUUUACCACUGCUCCUACUGCGUCUAUUCUACGCGAUGGCUUUCCAACCUCUACGCGCACGAAAAGAGGCACACGGGAGUCAAUCUGGAAGGCGAGAAGCGCUUCGUCUGCCGCAUCUGCCACCGGGCCUACCGUUACAACCACUCGCUGCAGCGUCACCUUCUCAAUCACCGCGCAGCGGGUCUCGCCUCGGCCAGCCUCGCCAGUGCCGCUGCUUCGAUCAGACUGCCCAAGACGUCCCAGGAGCAGCCCCAAGACCUGUCCUCGGCAGACCCUGCCAGGGCGUCCUCCGCGGCGCCCGCCCCCACGCAGCAGCAGCCGUCCAAGCUGAAGCGCUACCGCUGCAGCAAGUGCAACCGAAAGUUCCGUUCGCGGGAGCUCUGCCUCAACCACAUCUACACAGCGCACGACGCCAAAAGGCCGAUCAAGAGCGGCCGACCGUUCCGUUGUCGCGUCUGCGGCUUCGCCACCAGGGCCUGGAACAUCCUCAAGAUACAUAUCAUGAAGCAGCACCAGGAGGAGGCGGCCGAAGAGAAGAGCGUCGGCAGCCAGCCGGACGUUUCGGUUCCCGCCGCGGCGAGCACUACCGACGACGAAGGCAAGCCCACCAGGACGCCGACGCCCACCAAGGCGGCGGGCCAGCUGCCCAUGACGUACGCCAUGCCGCAGAGCCCGCCCUCGGCCGGCACCUUCAUCAUGCAACCGUUCCUAAUAGCGCAGCCCGAGUCGGAGGACGCCAAGAACGACACGUUCGUGCCGUCGCUCGUAUACCUGCCCGUCUGCCAGAAGGUGUCCCAACCCAUGACCGUGGCGUUCACGCUGACGCCCGCUUGAGCCGGGCCCGCUGUUCGGCAAGGCGAGCCCCCGAAGACUUGUACCCCUGCUCCCGCACUGACGAGGGAGGCACGGCACGCGGACACCCGAAGAGACGUCAUCACAGUAGUUCGCUCCUUCCCGGAGAGGGUGCGCGCGUGUCGGCUGCAAGCUCUUCGACGCGAGCCUCGCGACGGGUCCACAAAGUCACACGCUACACAAAGACACAACAGAGAAGACACACGCCGCCCGAGGACUGCCCGCGGCAACAGCGAAAGAAAUACAUCGGAGACGCAGCCACGUAUUGGUGUACCACCAGACGCAAGACGACGAUGGCAGCGCGCCGUUCGCGCGCUUGCUCCCUCCCUCCUUUGAACAUACGUGCAAUUUUCUCUUUCCGUCGCCCCUCGGCAGGCCUCGCGUCGUCGCUCUCCGCGAAGUACGAAAACAAGAAGGGGAAGCAGAAGCAAGCCUGGCAGGCACCGACCUCGGGUCCUCCCAAAGUCUCGCUUGGGAGGACCGAACACAGCAUAUCAGCUACACCUGCAGCAGCAGCCACAAAGCAAGUGAUCAGCAGCAGCGGCGGCACACGGCCGUUGCCAGUGUCUUCGUGACAGUUCCGUGUGUGCGCGCUACGUGAACUUUUUUUCUCGUCCCCUGUCCCGGGCCCCUGCGGGAGAGCAUCAUUCGCAGCCUACACAAGAGGGAAGAAGACUGGCCUUCGCGCCUUCGGCCGCGCCCCGCCGACAGGGAUGCAAGACAAUACUACAACAACGGGGUCCACCGGCCGGUGACGCGUCGGACCUGCUUCUUCGCUGCAAACAGUGCGGGACGUUCCCGUGUCAUGCGCGUUCCGUAAUAUCCUUUUUUUUUCUUCUUCCGGAACUACUACUUCUUCCGCGGAACUUGCUGCACCAGUUCCAUCACUUCAGGAGGUGUGUGUUUUUGUGUGUGCCUCCGGAAAGUGUUCAGUUCGGAGGUGCGCCGACGUUCGUCGGUUUCACAGUGCGUCCUGUGCGCUCCGCCGUGUCCGUAACGUAGCCGUCUCGCAUCUUCUUCGACGAAGACGACAGUUCCCGUGGUUCUUGGCCGCCUCGUCGGCACCGAGCGGGUCUUCGACCCGACAGUACAACCGCACCGAGGACGAAGGCAUCCGAGCGUCAUCUUCCCCGUACACCGGGGAAAAGUCGCCAAGCGUCCGUCUACGCCAGAAGAGGUCGUCGCCGACCCUGCACCUCAGAGUCAGCCUUCUUCGAGAGUGAGUCGUCGCCCCGCUGUGCCACGUUGUCAGCGGGGCUCGCGGACAAGCGAGCCUCCUCCAACUCCUAAAGACGACCUGGGAUUAACCGGCGCGCCCGUUUAAUUUCGUUUCUGUUCUUUGUUUGUCCUCGUACCUUGACCCCCGCAUUGUCUUCUUGUGCGUCGGAUGUGCUUGCGGCGACUUUGACAAGGUCAGUCUCUGCCCGUUCCAUCACUCGUCUCGUGAAGUUCGCAUGUCUAUUCUGGGACGACGUUCAGAUUGAUGACCACAAGGAUGGUAUAUCGCUGCGCCAUGCAAGUGCCCAGUCCGAGAUUUCUGUUCGCACAGCCCUUUUCCGGUACGAAAGUUGGUCGGCGGCGCCACUCCGAGGUUCCAAAAUCGACUUGGCGUUUGACUGUCGUGGGAAUGGCAUGAUACGUAUCAUGCCAUUCCCAAGGUGUCAGACAAGUUGCCGGAUGUAAUCACACUGAGAUUUUCAAUGAGGCGCGAGUGUCGAGGAAAAAACUCAGCAAUGCGGAUCAGUAAUACGCGUCACGAAAAGGGAGUCAGCAGUGUUUUCGUUAACAAAUUAUCGUCUUCCGCAUUGCCCUCAGACUGGGCCACGAACCAAAAGUUACCGGAUUGCCAGCGCGGCCCGUGGGCCGCAUAAGCUUUCACGGCAGUCUAAAUUUAAUGUUCUAAUAACGCUGACUUCUAGCGAAACGACGUAUCACGUGGCGCACGCGUUUCGAACCUCGGAUUCGCGCCUGCUGAAGAACAGGGAUCAUCCAGAAUGUAUUGAGGGGAAGCCGAGCUGCGGGAGUCGGUUGAUGCCCGAACCUGUGCCACCGUAGAAGUGAGGUGGCGCGUUGAGAAUCAAAACUUUAGUCGCAUUGUGAUAACACGCCGUUGAGCAGGCCACAAAUCAAAAGAGACACGCUGUUGUUACGACUUGCGCUAAAAGUCGCUUCGUUUAUUAUUUCUUUAUCGUUUCUUUUGCACGGCGGGCAUCGACCUCCGGCAAAGCUUCACUUGUGACUCGGCUAAAUUCUGGAACUAGAAAUGGCACUUGCUGUAGCAGCUUAUUUUGCAUUCGCGUUGGUCUAAGCUAAGAAACAAGGGCGCAGGAAAAAAGGAAAAGCCUCCAGGAUUGGUGGUAUAAGGCUCUAGUGCGAAGUGCAAUAACGUCGAAAGCGCGAGCACGUCUUCUCUGAGGACGUGUGGAAAGAAGGAAGAUGCCGUGAGCGUAGCUAGUCGAACAGAGUAUUUCAUGUUUUUUUGCCUUUUCUGACUGGUCGAAGAGAUAAGACGUAUUGCUAGAAUAAAGGGAAUACACAAGAGAAGGUUGUCAAGUCCCAGCCAUGUUAACUAAUCGACGAACUCAUUACAUUAUGACGCCGCUGACCUGAUGGCCAUUGCGACAUUUUCGUAAGUUAUAUCGCACUCAGAAAGAGAUGAACGUAUUGCUACAAGUACAUAUAGAGUACUGAUUCAGUCAAGCUCGAAAUAAAACAGAUCGCAAUUUGCUACACCUUGAUGUCCAAAUUUCAGGGCGCUGAAUCGCAAAUUCGUCGAGUCUAGAGGUCAGCGUAUAGUAACUUAUAGGUUUAGCAACGAAAACAUUCUGUAACUUUAAGAUUAAUGCGACAACAGAAG